UUCUGCCGAAGGUCGUUGACAAUGUGACGCCAGUUUGACUGCAUAUUUUACAUCACGAGUUGUUUUGUUAGAUCAAAGUGCAUCUAUAAAGUCAGCACAAAUUUUCAUGAGAAAACAUUCUAGACGUUUCUGUGGUAAUCCACAUACUAGUACUCGCCGUGAGAAUCAAAGAAUACCUGAACUUGUCAUUAAUAGCCAUGUAAUUUGUAAAGCAUGUCUCAAAGUUGACAGACAAAACAAAAAUGAUGCAAAAGAAAAAAAGAAACACACUGACGUAGAGAAACGUAGAGAUUUUAGCACAGCCACAAUGAGGAUGCUAGAUAAAAAAUCAUGAAAUACUCAGAGAAUAUUCCUCAUGACGAUGAUAGAAUAUAUGCAUGGAAAUACAUCUCUCCUAAACCGGAUACACUACAGAGUGUAACCCAAACCCCUCAGACUUGUACAUGUUGUUGGGGCUACCCCCGGACAUAUCGCAUUGCAACAUGCGCUAUAAAUAUGUGUGCGGGUUCGCCACGCUGCUCUGUCUGCUCAUGGGUCUGACGGCGUCCCAGGAGCAGUCCGAGGAACAACAGUGUGCCGACAUGCCGAACCUGGUGUCUGUAGAGUACGAGAUACACGGCAACGUGCAGGGUGUGUUUUUCCGGGCGUACACAGAAGAGCAGGCCAGCCGACUGGGGCUGGUCGGGUGGGUGAGAAACACCCGCCGAGGAACAGUGGAAGGUGUGGUGCAGGGACAGCGAGAACUGGUCCAUCAAAUGAAACAUUGGUUAGAGCACACGGGAAGCCCGAUGUCCCGGAUUUCCAGAGCGACGUUCAGAAACCAGAAAGACAUCAGCAAGUUGGAAUUCGACAGAUUCAAAAUAACGUUCUAAAGUCAUGAUCAUAAAACAUCGAUCGUCAGUCUACGAUCAUUGGAGCCUCGCCAUUAUGACAAUAGCUGUUUAGAAUAUCAAUACCCAUGGACUUUCGGCGUAUAGCUGUAGCGACGUACUCGUACUUAAGUUAUGUGGAAAUGUAUUCUGAAAAUAUCUUGAUGCCGUAUUAAAGCCGGUUUGUACACUGCAUGUCUGUUAUGGGCUAAUGGAAAUACUUAAUCUGCUGGUAUGAUUGAGUUGUACUUCUGGUAAAUAUAGUGAUCAUUUUCAUAGAAGUUAACUGAUGAAAAAAGACAU